GGAGAAAAAAAAACACAAACACAAAGAAAGAAAGAAACAGUACAUCACUACUACUAUAUUGUUUGUUACACCACAUUACUUUCUUGUCUCUGUUUUUUUCUCUCAAAGCUUGUAACUUUUGUUCAUGGGUAUUUUUCUUUACUUUCAGUGAUUCAAUACCCAAUAUUUUCUUUAGGGUUUUAGUUUCUUUUUCUAUAAACCCAUUGUUUCAAUUAAAAUGGAGACUAGUGACCAGAGGUCUUUAGCUGAAGAGGAUGGAAAAAACUGUACAAACAAUCUUAAUUCCAGAGUUGAUCCUCCUCCUCUUCUUGUUGAAAAGGUUGGUGAAUCAAGUGAAAUUGUAGAGGAACUACAACUCUGCGAACUGCAGACGAAACAACUACCUCUGGAAGUACCUGAAAGAACCAUUGAUGGACAAACAGAAGAUUUUGUUAGGAUAGACAUGUCCACAUCACCAGUUCAAACUCCCAAGAGAGUGAUUUUCUCGCCAUCGCCCAGUCCUAACCAUGUCAGACUAAACGAAUCUCCUAGUCCCUCAUUACCGUGGGCAAAAUCAUCCAUUAAAUCUCUCCUCCCUAAAAUAAGUUUCAAAUUACGAAAUAAGACGAGUGAUAUUGAAAAAGCUGCAAUGUUAGCUCUUGGAGUCUCUCCUUUGCCUCAGGACAAACCUUCAAUUUUGAGGACUCUAUCCAUUAAAAGAAUUUUCAAUUCAAAGAUGAACAGAACUUCAUCAUUGCCUAUAACUCCAAUUGAACACUCUAAUCCAGAAUCAACGCAUGGUGACUACAGAGAUGCUACAUUUUAUUCAGUUAAAGCAGGAGUGCAUCCCAUACUUCGCUCACAUUCAGUGCCAACACUGAUCAAAGAUGAAAGCCUAAAACAGAUGGAUUGCGUAGGGAAUGUCUAUCGUGUAGUCCCCUCAACUCCUCUCGUGCCAAGACAUGAUGAUACAUCAUCAAAUGCAACUCAAACUAUUGGCGCAGUUGAAAAUGCUAAUUUUGGUGGAGACAUCACUCAAGAAGAGGCUGUCUGCAGAAUCUGCUUCAUCGAACUUGGGGAGGAUUCGGAAACUUUGAAGAUGGAGUGUAGCUGUAAAGGCGAACUAGCCUUAGCUCAUCAAUCAUGUGCUGUAAAAUGGUUUAGCAUAAAAGGCAACAAGAUUUGUGAUGUCUGUAAUGAAGAGGUUCGGAACUUACCUGUCACUCUUUUGCGGAUUCAAAGUACUAUUCGUAGAGGAAAUGGAUCCCCAGCUGACUCUGUCCGAUACAGGGUUUGGCAGGACGUUCCUGUUCUUGUCCUUGUCAGCAUGCUUGCCUACUUUUGUUUUCUGGAGCAGCUUUUGGUUACCAGAAUGGGAUCCGGCGCGAUCGCUAUAUCUCUGCCCUUUUCAUGCAUCUUGGGUCUCCUUGCAUCCAUGACAGCAACAACUAUGGUGCAAAGGCGAUAUGCUUGGGUUUAUGCUGUCAGUCAGUUUGCCUUGGUGGUUCUGUUUGCUCAUGUGUUCUACUCACUGCUUCGAGUGCAGGCAGUUCUAGCUGUUCUUCUUGCCACCUUUGCGGGUUUUGGAGGUGUAAUGUGUGGGACUUCUUUUCUUCUUGAGCUUCUGAAAUGGAGGAGUAGAUGGAAUUAUUGGUCAAAUGAGCCACAUGAUUCUCAAGAAGGGGCACAGCCAAAUCAAUCAUCAGAAGUUACUCCUAUGCCUCAGGUAGAAAGUCAAACUCGUCGAGCUGAAGCUGGUACUUCUGGAGUUGUCAAUGGAAGUUGAUACAGGACAAACAUAAUCUCUUUAUAUCAAGAAACCAAAGGAAAACACUAGUUUCUGUCUCUUGUAAGCAAAAUUAUUGUAGUGUAUAGCUAGUCCUUGCAAGUCACAACUGUACAGUUUUGAGUUUAUAUCAAAGCUCUCGUUCAAACUUCAGAAUUCUAAACAUGAACACGAGACUUGAAAUGAAUUCAACUGUAGGUUGUAGGUUCAGGAAUGGCGUUGCACGCAAAAGACGAGUGGUUCAUUUUUCCAGUAGAUGGGCAGUGCAUGAAAGGAAACUGAAAUAAUGUAAAUACCAUAACGUUACAAGGAUCUCUUCUCCUGUUAUCAAAAAAUCAGAUCAUUACUCUUUUUACUUUUUUUA